AUGUAAUAAUAGUAACAAGUUUGUUGUCCCUUCAAUAAUUUGCACAAGAUGGCUCCCAAUAGGCUCAUCUUCCACAUCUCCAGGGAGUGCCAAGAGCGCAAAAUGAACAAGCACAUGUAUAGACACUGUCCCUACAAUUUCCUGCAUAUAUUUAGAGGAGAAGUAUUUAAUAAUCUAAUCUAGGACAUGGAACAACACAUAAUCACUUGUCCUGACAAAAAAGAACCCGAUGUUCCCAUCCAAUUAGAGCAGAACAAUACGGAAAACCAAUAUCUGUAAGGAGAUCCUAACUGGGGAUUGAAAAAUCAAAAUAACAUGGCCAUUGAAAUGCCAAUUAACAAUAGUUAAGUUCAAUAGGAUAAUUGCCUCAUAGAUUAAUUCAAUAAUCUUAAGUUGCAGAGACAAGAUGAUCUCUGGGAUCAAUUAUGGAAACAGCAAAACAAUAAUGAAGAUGAUUUUGAUAUGGUAUAAUGA